AGGAUUUUCUUCAAAAAAAAAAAAAGUUAAAAAAAUGAAGAAAAUGAAAAAACCUCCUAAAGUUGAAUUUAAUAUUUUUAUGACAAAAAAGAAUUUCAGAAUAAAGCUUUUCUGAAUAAAUAUUUUGGAAUAAAAUGAAUUAUAUUAUAUAUAAUUCUUUCUUCUAUAAGAGAUAAACCAAACAAAACUCCUAACCAGCAAGCACAGCACAACAAUGGAGAAGUACUUUGGAAACGCAUAUCGGGGCGACCCGGGAGUACCACAUGCUGACCCGGAUAGGUUUGUUAACAUAUGGGUCGGGUCAGCAGUUUUCUCUGCACUCACAUUUGUCAAUCCUUACAUAUGGACUCUCUCCAAUCAAUACAACUGGCAUGACAAAGCCAUGCUUUUUGAGCAGUAUCACUGGAAGAAAGCUCUCAAGAAAAAUAAGGACUACGACUUCAAGUGGAACCAGUACAUGGAUAAAGCAACACGAGACUCGUACUACUUCAAUUGGCCCGUCUACUUUCCAUAAGUUUCUCCGAUGUAUCAGUAUCUGAAAUUUCUGUUGAUACUAUGAAUUCAAACAUGUUUUAGCCUCAGAAAUGUUUGCUGAUAUUUUCAAGUGUUGCAUGAUUGCUUCCCUUAGUUUUCUGGAACUAGUAUUAAAAACAAAUCAUUGGAAAUUAUACAUGACACAAAUUAUUCAUGGCUUUCAAA